GCAAUGCAAAGUAAGCUCCUUAGUGGAGGGAAGAAUAUUAUUGAUCAUACUAAUGAACAACAGAGGGCGCUUGAACAAAGAAAACAGGAAAUCACUGAACAAAAGAAACGAGAGAGGGAGAUGUUACAGAAGCUAGAAGUCCAAGAAGAAACUGCCCUGGAGAUCCGUGAAACGUACUCUUCUCUACAGCAAGAAGUUGAAGUAAAGACAAAAAAACUUAAAAAGCUUUUUGCCAAGUUGCAAGCUGUCAAGGGAGAAAUCCAAGACCUGCAAGAAGAACAUUCCCAUGAAAGACGAGAACUGGAGGAAACUCAGAAUGAACUUACAAAGGAACUGAAACUCAAAUACCUUAUAAUUGAAAACUUCAUUCCCCCAGAAGAAAAAAACAAGAUAUUAAGUCGAGUGACAUUUGACGAGGAUGAUGAACAGUGGAAACUUAUUCCCUUAGCUCAAGUUAACGGUGGACAACAGCUUACCAAGAGACCAGUAUCAGCUGCAGGUCAUAGACGUCCAGUCUCAGAAUAUGCAAAGUUAGCAGCGGCUAUGGGAGGUAAUCCUCGGUACAAGGGAGAGAACGUUUUACAAGUAGAGCUUGACAUGCCAAGUCGUACAACUCGAGAAUACGACGCUCCAUCAGUUGCACCCCGUGUUAGAGCCGCUGUUGAUGCUGCUCUGAGGGUCGAAGAGGAUGUGGAUAUUGAUGCUAGGUAUAAAGUUGUAUUUUAA